AAAAAAAUGGCCAGCGUUGUAGAUACAUCAUUCCCUCCUGAAAUUGAAGCAGAAAGAUGGAAAGAUCUUGAUUAUAUUUUGAAGAGAUCAGGUCCAUUUGCUCCAGCAGAUUUCCAAGCUGGUGAUGAAACUAAACAAUUUUUACAAGAUUCUUGCAAAGUUUUAAUUAUUGGAGCUGGUGGUCUUGGUUGCGAUUUGGUGAAGAAUUUGGCAAUGAGUGGCUUCCGUAAUAUUGAUAUCAUUGAUAUGGAUACCAUCAGUACAAGUAAUUUGAAUAGACAAUUUUUGUUCCGUGAUGGUGAUGUUGGUAAGAUGAAGGCUGAAGUUGCUGCUCGAUUUGUCAAUGAAAGAGUGCCAGGUGUUAAAGUUACAGCACACAUUUGUGCAAUCCAAGAAAAGUCUGUUGAUUUCUAUAGAUCAUUUGGAAUUAUUAUUGCUGGUUUGGAUUCUAUUCCAGCUCGUCGUUGGAUCAAUAGUACUCUCCUCUCUUUGAUUCAAUAUGUUGAUGAUGAAAAGACUGAAGUUGAUAUGAGUUCCAUGAUUUCCUUGGUUGAUGGUGGUACUGAAGGCUUUAAAGGACAAUCUAGAGUUAUCUUGCCAGGUGUUACAUCUUGUUAUGAAUGUACUUUGGAUUUAUUCCCUACUGAUGAAACAAAUUAUCCAAUGUGUACUUUAAAGACAACUCCACGUCUUCCUGAACAUUGUAUUCAAUAUUGUUAUAUUGAAGAAUGGCGUAAUUGUAAAGGAAAGGAAGGUAUUCCUGAUGAUGAACAAGUUGAUGGUGAUAAUCCAAGACACGUUCAAUGGAUCUAUGAAAAGUCUUUGGAACGUGCCAAGAACUUUGGUAUUGCUGGUGUUACAUUCCGUUUAACACAAGGUGUCAUCAAGGGUAUCAUUCCUGCUAUUGCCUCCACCAAUGCUAUUAUUGCUUCAUCAUGUACAAAUGAAGCAUUCAAAUUGGCUACUUUCUGUACUCCAUUCUUGGAUGAUUACAUGAUGUUUAACGGAAGUGAAGGUAUUUAUACAUUCACUUAUAAGAAUGAAAGAAAGCCAGAUUGUUUGCAAUGUGGUCCUGCUGGUGUUUCAAAGACAAUUACUUGUUCAUCAGAUAUUACUUUGGAUGAAUUUAGAGAUAUUUUGAGAACCGACAAGUCAAUUCAAUUCAACAAUGCUUCAUUACGUAAUUUGACUAGUGACCAAACUUUGUAUUUGACUAAACCUGCAACUCUCAGACAAAUGACUGAACCAAACUUGAAGAAGAAGGUCAAGGAAUUAUUCCAUACAGGAACUGAACUUUAUGCUACUGAUACUGAAGUUAUUGCCGAUCGUGGUGUUAAUAUUAUUGUUCAAUUCAACGAUUAAUUUAACACACCAUUAUAUUUCUUUGCUGUACAACAAUCACACCACACUCUGUAUUUAUUAAAUUAAUUUGUAAAAUUUUAAAUUUU